AGAAAGAAAGAAAAGUAGAAAACUACACUCUUGAGGUCCAUUCUCAAUCUUAUUAAUAUAUUUUUGUGUAGAUGAAGAUCAAGAGAAGGUGUUGUCAUGCUACCUUCCUUCAACCACAAACCCUCUCUCCCUCUACCACCCAUUCUCUUUUCUCUCUCUUUCUUUCCCCCUCCCUCUCUCACCUACUCAAUCUCAUCACCACCACCACCAUCAUCAUGAUCUUCUCCAAUCUCUAUAACCUUCAAUCACUCAAAACCUCACCAUUAAACCAAAUGAGUUGACCCAUUUGUGAGAACAAUUCUCCCUAAGAAAAGGUCAAAGGCUGCAACUUUUUCUUAACCAAUCUCACAACAUUUUGCAACGUUUUUUCUGGUUCGGUUUGGUUUUCUGGGUCGUCUUGGAAUUCAAAAAAGAUUCCAACUUUGAAGAUGGGUAGGGGCGGAACCGCCGCGGCGGCGGUGGAGAUCGCCGAACCCGGUUCAAGGCCGGUUUUUUCCAAAGAACCGCGUUAUAGGGGCGUCAGAAAAAGACCGUGGGGCCGGUUCGCCGCCGAAAUCAGAGACCCUUUGAAGAAAGCCAGGGUUUGGCUCGGAACCUUCGACACCGCCGAGGAGGCGGCGCGUGCCUAUGACACGGCGGCGAGAACCCUCCGGGGGCCGAAAGCAAAGACCAAUUUCCCACUUUCUCCGCCGUUCUACCACCCCGAUCCGUUUUCCGAUCACCGGUACUUUGACGGCGCUGGCGCCGGCGAAGAUUUCCAGGAUCACCGGCGACCCACCUCCAGUGGUAUGAGCAGCACCGUAGAAUCCUUCAGCGGCCCACGCGCCGCCGUGCCGGCGACGGCGCCGGUGAUUGUCAACCGGAGAUAUCCCCGGACGCCGCCCGUCGUUCCCGAGGACUGCCGCAGCGACUGCGACUCGUCGUCAUCCGUUGUGGACGACGGAGACGGCGACAACGUGGCGUCGUCGUUCCGGCGAGAACCGUUGCCGUUUGAUCUAAACGUGUUACCGUUGGACGAUGCUGACGUGGCAACCGAUGAUCUGUUCUGCACCGUUCUUUGCCUCUGAAGAGAAGAAAUUGAAAACGGCACGAAAUGAUGUAUUUGGUUCGUUGAAGGAAAGGAAUUAUUAAUUUUUUUCUAUUUUUACUCUUUAUUAUCUACUUGAAUAUUUUUUUAUCUUUCUCUUUUUCCCCACUUAUUUUAACUAUGCGGAGAAAAAUGAAAAAGAAAAAUAUGAUUGAUGAUCAGUUAUGAAGAUUAUGGUAAUAUGAUCUUAAUUUCUGUGAA